AUGCCUCCCAAACCAGCCCAGUUCGGUAGAAUCGGCCUCGUUAUUCCACUCUUCUACCGCGUAUUCUUCCUAGGCAUCGAGCCCGUGUCUGCUCUUGUGGGCGCCUACUAUGCGCACGUUCGACCCGAUGACUACCUACAACUCACACACGCCGUCUCCAAACCCGAAAUCAUCCCUCAAGGGACGUCCAUCGUCCUUUCCCAGCUCGCAAACCUCUACCUACUCUUCGCUCUCAAUGAGGCACUCGUUCUUCGCUCGACCUCGGACCUGCGCGUUUGGAAGACUGUCUUGUUUGUGCUCCUUGUCGCCGACAUUGGACACUUGUACACAGUUCGGAGCUUGGGACCGGGAGUUUACUACAACUUUGCCAAGUGGAACGCCAUCGACUGGGGAAACGUCCCGUUCGUCUACUUCGGUGCCUCGAUGCGAAUCGCGUUCCUCGCAGGCGUCGGAUUGAGCGGUCGACCAGCACCUGCAAGAAAGGAACAGUAG